GAUUAGUUAGCGAUGCCCCAGAGAUGGGGCAGACAAAGUAUGGGUUUAUCGAGGUAGUAUGUAGACGAAGAUGAUGGCACCUCGGGUUGCCUGGCAAACACGAUACUCGUUUAGGAAGGAAUAUCGGCUCACUGCACUGGCAACCAGCACUAAGUAACGUACUCCCAUCCAUGAUAGUAUCAACAACGUCGAGUUUCGAUGGCAAGCCCAUCCAUUAGUCACUGUUUGUUGUGAAAUCAAACCACCAAACUUCUCUUCAACUCCAGCACGUGAACUCUCAUUUUCCAGCCACUCUCUUACGUGCAUCCCAAGCCAGCUUACUUCACAAACUUCUGUAUCCAGUUCAUCCAUCCAUCAAAUAUGGCAGAAGAAUCAGUCGCAGAGGAAUCAAUUGCUACCAAGUCAACACCCCGAAUUGAGUUGAUGAAAUAUUCCGAGCUUCGGGAUUAUUCUUGCUUGGGAACGCCGGAGCCGAUCCGUCGCUCACAGGCGAUUAUCUACUACAUUGACAACGACAGAUGGUGGAUCACUGUGACGCUGCUAGGCCCCGUUGCUAAACUUCUUGAAAAUGUCGCCAUGCAGCAGCAGCAGCAGCAGCAGCAGCAGCAGCAGCAGCAAGCUUCAAAGCGUGAACGACGCGAAUUCUUCCAGAGCUUCGUCCAACAGCUGAACUACGAGUCGCUUCCUCUCCUAGCCAACACCGUGACUGAGAUCAUAUUGGGCGAGGAUGAGACGGACGAAAGUACCGCAUCCCCGGGACUAGAAUUUGAGGUCAAAGUUGCCACUACCACAAACAUGACGAAGACGAAGGGCGAUGCCAUUUCGACGUUCUUAAGAUGCAGAAUCCAGGAAGACCCUCGGAGAGUUGUCUAUCCCUCGUGCGACGAGUUUCCUUCCUUCCGCAGGUUUAAAUAUGAGGAGCUUUCAAGAGGUGAGGACAUUACUGACUACGUAUUCUGGGUCAGCAACGGUGGGGUUCAGUAUGUUCUCAAGACGGUCAACCGUACUAUAUACUACCCCGAUGAUACCGAAGUUAUUCGCAAGGAGCUGGAAAAUCUCGAGUAUUUCGCGGAAAUGCCCAAUAUUGCGCAAGCGGCGGGGGUUGUGGUGUCUAAAAAUCCUUACCAGACGUCAACUACAGGCGAGGAACAACUCGUGAUGGUUGGAAUCCUGCUCAAGGCAUAUCCUGGCGGCACACUACAGCAGGUCCUUACGGAGCAUCGUAUCGCAGACUACUGCUGGGAGAAUUGGGCUGUCCAAAUUGGAACUGCAUUGGAGUGCUUCCACAAAGCUAAGAAAACCCAUAUGGACCUAAAACCUUCGAAUAUUGUUCUCGAUGUCGAGGGAAAUGCAGUCCUUAUCGACGUUAGCGGUAUAGGCGGACACACUAGGGAGUGGUGCGCACCAGGAAUUUGUGAAAAACCUUUGCACCUUGACUUUUCAUCUGAAGAGCGCCAGUACAACGACAUUUGGGCUUAUGGAAAGCUUCUCUCUGAGAUUGCAUCACAGGCAGGAGAUGGACCGUAUGUGAAGACGUUGCACCAGGUUGCGGACACUUUGAUGGUGGGAGAUAUCGGAACACAGACGAGUUUGUCGAGUGCGCUGUCGCAGCUCAAGGGUGCCGAAAACCAGGCAUGAUGUACAAUAUCCAAUCAGUCGUCGUCGUAGGCAUUCCAAUUAAUGUCGUUC